CGAGACAGGCGGCCCCUUCGCGUCGCGCAGGGACGGAGACGGGGUGGCGGUGCCUGGCCGGGCGGAGGCGAGAGCGAGAGCGCGGCUCCCGGAGGCUGUGUGCGCCCGGCUGUCAUCAUGGGUGAUCAGGCUUUGAGCUUCAUAAAGGAUUUCCUGGCCGGCGGCAUCGCCGCUGCCGUCUCCAAGACCGCGGUCGCCCCCAUCGAGAGGGUCAAACUGCUGCUGCAGGUCCAGCACGCCAGCAAACAGAUCAGUGCGGAGAAGCAGUACAAAGGGAUCAUUGACUGCGUGGUGAGAAUCCCCAAGGAGCAAGGCUUCCUCUCCUUCUGGAGGGGUAACCUGGCCAACGUGAUCCGUUACUUCCCCACCCAAGCUCUCAACUUCGCCUUCAAGGACAAGUACAAGCAGAUCUUCCUGGGGGGCGUGGACCGGCAUAAGCAGUUCUGGCGCUACUUCGCCGGGAACCUGGCGUCCGGCGGGGCAGCUGGGGCCACCUCCCUCUGCUUCGUCUACCCGCUGGACUUUGCUAGGACCAGGUUGGCCGCCGACGUGGGCAAGGGUGCCGCCCAGCGGGAGUUCAGUGGUCUGGGCGACUGUCUCACCAAGAUCUUCAAGUCUGAUGGCCUUCGGGGUCUCUACCAGGGUUUCAGCGUCUCUGUUCAGGGCAUCAUUAUCUACAGAGCUGCCUACUUUGGAGUCUAUGAUACCGCCAAGGGGAUGCUGCCUGACCCCAAGAACGUGCACAUUAUCGUGAGCUGGAUGAUCGCCCAGAGCGUGACGGCGGUGGCGGGGCUGGUGUCCUACCCCUUCGACACCGUGCGCCGUCGCAUGAUGAUGCAGUCCGGCCGGAAAGGGGCGGACAUCAUGUACACGGGGACCUUGGACUGCUGGAGGAAGAUUGCCAAAGACGAGGGAGCCAAAGCCUUCUUCAAAGGGGCCUGGUCCAAUGUGCUGCGAGGCAUGGGCGGCGCCUUCGUACUGGUGUUGUAUGACGAGAUCAAAAAGUACGUCUAGUGGAAUUAGAGCGCGUUCGUUGGUUCCAGACCCGGUGUGUGGUUUGAUAGACUCUUCCUAGGGGAAGUAAAAAAGAAAGAUCUGGGAUAAAACCAGACUGAAAGGAAUACCUCAGGAAAAAAAAAAAAAGAAAGAAAGAAAAGAGCUUCACUGAGUGUUCAUUAAACCACGAAUGUAUUUUGUAUUUAUUUUACAUUUAAAUUCCCACAGAAAAGAGAACGUGUCAUCCUUGUAUAAUGAACUGAAGAACUGAUAAUAAAGAACAUAACUGAAUGUGAAACCAAUAAAGACCACUUAACGCA